AACAACUUAAAAAAAGCAAGCAUUUCUGAAUUUUUGGCAUAUUCGUUCAAACUUGACGCGUCAAUCUUUUCGUCCUUUUUUGCCAAUUUUUCGAGCUCUAUGUUCUCGCAAGUUUCUAGUUUAUGCCCCUUCAAGGGACUUUUUGUUCUUCUUCGUUUGACCCCGAGGUAAAAUAACCUCUUUUCCUCUUUUCGUUUUGCAUUUCCAUCCAACGAAUGAUUCUUUUUGUCGGAAUGACUUUGUCCCAUUUUGUCGACCCAAUCAAGGAUGUCUUGUACUUUAGACACUUUCGUAGUUUUAAUACUCACAUGCAGUUGCUUUAGUCUCAUAAUAAAACUUCAAAUGAACGCAUACACUAUUCCAUAGGCAUAAAAUACGGAAUAAGUGCCAGUAAAACCUUUUGAAAUGAAAAACAACAAACAGGCGAGCGAAAUUUUGAAAUUUUGAUUUUUUCCCGCGUUUUGUUUUAACCGCGCGAACAUAGAGGACUGGGAGUCUGGGAACUAAAUAUGGCGGACAAACAAGAAGAAAUAAGCAUGUCAGAAAAAAGCUUCUUGUUUCCCAUUAUAUCUUCCAAUUCUUGUGAAAAAUCUAGUGCUACACAAACUAGGAGUUUGUUCCCAUCCGUGUCUGUUCCUGAUACGAAAGAAAAAGGUAUAUAAAAGUAUGAUUGCACCUCGAACAAUCGUAUACCGAACGACCAUGUUUUAAAUAGUCUGUUUAUGAUAUUUUAGUCAGAAACUGCAAAUACAAUAUUAGAAUGUAAAACUACGGACACUCUAGCAAUUUGCUAGCUAUAUUUCUCUAUUGUGUUAUAAACUCUUCGUAAAAUCAAGAAAUUCUGGUAGAUUUUUGCAAUUAAUAUGUAUUUUACAUUCUCGAUUAUUACUAUAAAUUGAUAAAAUAUUAAAAUCUUUACAGACAAAUUUUCAAUUUUCUUAGAAUCGCUUGAUUGGCUUUCUAAUGCGAGCUACAACAUUCAGGCUGGCGUUUCUUCAACUCUUGAAGAGCAAGAACACGAGUCAGCAUCGAGUCAUUCUAGCAAUGAAGAAGAAAUAUUGAAGGUAGCAAAAUCGGAGCAAACGGAAGAAAAACGUGACAGGAAACGUCGCAAAAAGGAUAAAUCUAGAAAACAUAAGAAACACAAACAUAAAAAGCACAAAAAAUCUAUCGAUGAUCCCAAACUCACAAAACUUCCCUCAACAAUUUGGAUUGAAGAAUCGGGUUUGGAGAUUGAGAAUGCAUUUCGUAUCCAUAGAAAACCAGAUUAUGAUAAUCGUCAAUUUGGUGGAUUAUACAGGCUUGACAUUGCACUUCAUAACCAAAAUCCUAAACUAAAAUGUCUUGGUCUAACUAAAGAGCUAGAAAUUGAACAGAAAUCGAAAGGAAAAGAGAAAAAGAAGUCUUCACAAAGAUACUGGGAGGGUUGUGUGAGUUCUGGUGAAGUCUUGUCAUUUGAUCCAACUAAGAAAAGUGGGUUUGGUUUCAGCAGCAAUUUUUCAUAUGUUCCACUAGAGUUACCCACUGCUGUUAAUGAAGAGAAUGAAUCCUCUACUGCGGAGAAGCCUGUCUCUGAGCUGCUGUCCAAAACAAGAGAGUUAAACCAGAGGGUUCGAGAAAAUCCAAAUGAUAUCCAGUCAUGGUUAGCCUUAGCUGAUCUUCAAGCACGACAAGUUGAAUCUAGUAAUUUAACCACUGAUUCAUUAAAUAGAACUGCACUUGAAAAGCAAAAGAAAUCUUGUAAGUUGUCAAUGGAGAAAAAAGCAGCUGUACUAGAGCAAGCAGUUCAGAAGAACCCAUCAUGUGUUGACUUGAUCAUUGCUUAUAUGAAUGUUUGUUCAGAAACCAUGAACAGUGAAGCAAUUCUCGAGAAAUGGAAGAGGUUUAUGUUUACCCAACCUCAGAAAACAUUAUUAUGGAAACAUUAUUUAAUGUUUUGUCAGUCUAAUUUUUCAGCAUUCUCGUUUUCAGCAACUCUAGAAGUGUAUACCAAGUGUUUCACAACAUUAUCUGCCAUUCAAAGUGGAAAGUUUAUAUCCCAUUCUCCAGACAAAGAUAUAGAAAGUGGAGUGCUUGAAAUCUUUGUGCAAUUUUGUCAAUUUCUUAGACAAUCAGGUAUAUCUUGUAUCCUAGUGUAUGUGUUUCGUUAUAAGGAAGUGAAAAUGUAGUUAGUGUAUAGAAACAAUAAUAACUUAUAAAAUAUUUAUCUGUUUUCAUUUUAAGGGCAAAUGGAGAAGGCUAUUGCAGCAUUUCAAGCAUUGAUUGAAUUUAAUUGCUUUAGUCCAAAAAGUCUUGAAGAAGAACAUUCACUAACUUCUUUCUUUGAAACGUUUUGGGACAGUGAAGUGCCAAGGUAGAGUAAACAAGGUCGUUUUGAAGCUGGUCAAGUAAGCAUGUCGUCAUGUCAGCUUGAACAACGUUCAAGACCGUUUUCCACUUCAAUCGUACAGUAUCGUAAUGUUUGUGUUGAAGUCGUUAGUUCCACUCUAAUGCUCAGGAAGCAAAGAAAUACACUACGCGUCGGUACGAUACUAUUGAAGUGGAAAAUGGCCUUUAUAAUCUUUUAUUAAGCAAAGUAUAUAACUUCUGUGUAUAAAAACAAGCAAUAUUUAGACUGAGUCAGUCUGGUGAGUUUGAUAACCCUGUACAACAGUGCUUAUUGUUAUUAUUCUUAAGAUUUGGAGAAGAAAAUGCCCCUGGUUGGAGUAGUUGGAUGGAAGAUCAGCCUAAAACCUCUCACAAUAUUCCUCUAAGUGAAAUAUUUGCCAGCUGUAAUACCCACGACAAAAACUCGAUCCAAGAAAAGAUUAUUAGCAGCCAUUCAGAGAAACCAGGUACUUGGCUUAAGCUUGAGACGUCCCGCGAGGCAGAGCAAUGGCGUCCCAAGAAGACAAGCGAUGAUGAAGAUGAAAACGAAGAUCCUGAUAGAAUUGUUCUCUUUCAGGACAUCAGUUUUGUUCUUUUCAAAAUAUCGAAUGAAAAACGCAAGUUUCAACUUCUUACCUAUUUUCUAUCCUUCCUUGGUAUCGAUAUUCACUCGUCCAGUGUUAAUCUUGAAACGUUUCUUCCCGUCUUGCUGGAAGAUGAAGAACAAUUAACAUCAUUUGUUGACGAUGGACACCACCAAAGUUUAGCUUGUGGUUGGAGCUAUUUUCAAAACCCAGAAGACGCUCAACAAACUGACAUGUCAUAUCGUACGUCUGUACGUAAUAUUUUCAACCAAUCAUUGGAAUGUUUCUCAGACGAUCUACAAGCAAUCUUAGCAACACACUGGCUGAAUUUUGAGAGAAAUAUUUUCAUGUCAGAAGUGAACCUUAGGCAACGCAAGCAGUGUUAUAAAGCGGUACGGAAACUUGCAAAAUCGUUGUUAAAGUUGGAACAACAUCGAAACAAUUUGAAAUUGUGGCUUGCUUUCAUUGAAAUCGAGUGGGUAAACGGAAACAUGGAGGAAACAGGACGAAUUGUGUGUUCGGUGUUAGAACAGUUGCAGAAUGUUACAGAUGAAACGUCUGUCAUGAAAUAUUACCACUUUGUGAGGUAAAGCAAUAUUUGAUAUGCAGUAUGGAAUUUCUCUGUUAAUCAAAAUCUAAUCCAGUGAUAUCUUAAUCUAUUCCUAAUCCUUGCAAUCCUCAAUCUCAACUCUAAUUCCCACACAAAUCCUAACAUUAAUCGUGAACGAAUCCUACAACUUGAUAAGUAAGGAGUAUUGAUUUCCAUCUUUAACUUUAAAGUAAUGAUAGAUUAUUGAUAGGGAACUUUUCUUGGAACGAAUAUAAAUGCGAUAUACGAUCUAAGCGUAUAUGUUCUGAAAAUUAAUUAUAUAGAUUUCCUUUUCAGAUUGUAUUGUGAAGUGGAGAUGGGCUUAAAGAACGGCAACGAACGGAACAAGAAAGCGACUAAUUUAGAAUGUUGUAGAAACAGAAUUUUACCAGCGAUAUUUAUGGUUGUAAAUAAAGCUUGUAGCAGUGUUCAGGCUAUCCUUACCCCAGCUCAAAUACUAAAGACUCACAAAGCUUUACAAGAGCAGGUAACUUUGAUGCUAACAGAUCUUCAAAGUUGGGACUUUGGAAUAGUCGAUGAUGAACGAAAAGAUUUCUUGGUUGAUUUCAUGAUCUGUUAUGCAUUAUUUCAAUACUGGAGUUUAGGUAUCGAUGCUGCUAAGAGUGUUCUCGACUCUAUGUUAUCAGCUGCUAGCUCGGAAAGAAUACAAGAUGAGAGCUUCAGGUCACCCGACUUGAAUGACCAGCAAUAUGUCUUUGUAAAGUUCUCCGGCUCGAAGCACCAUGAAGGUGUUUUGGUAUUCUACUGCAAACUUUUACAGUUUCACUCAAGAAAUAACAUUUGCCCAGUGAAGCCGUUACGAGAUUUAUUAUUGUCAUCCUUAUCCACUUUCCCAGAAAGCGCGUUCUUUCUUCACUCUUAUGCGAGGUUGGAGUUGAGGUCAUGUACGUCUUAUUCAGUGCGGAGAUAUUUUGACAGUGUUCUGGCUCGCUCAAAGACACCAGUUCCAUGGUUGUUUGCUAUUCUUUAUGAACGACAAAGACAGAAGACGUAUCAGUCGGUCACUCGGAGUCCAUUGGAACUGACUGUUAGUCAAGAAGUCAAGGAGGUAUGAGCAACAACAUGUCUAAUUUAUUUACACAAAGUGUGUGGAACUUGUUACCAUAGGAUAAUUUUGAAGAAAGUUGUCGUCUUCUUUCCCCCUCGCUCGCAUCAUCCUUAAGAAUCUCAAUUUCUUCCAUUCAUCCUUCCCCUCUUCCAGGUUUCUUUCAAGCUCUCUUAGUUAAUUAUAAUCACAUAUUUGUGAUUGAUGGUGGAAGAUGAAUAUUGACUGAAUAUUUUGAAGUAGUGUGAAUAUGAAUAUUGAUGGUAGAAAUAUGAAUAUUUGAAACAAAAAUUGGAAUCAAUAUCACCCUCGCUCCCUCUAUCGACAGUUUUGUUUUAGGAAUUUUUAAGGUAGGAAUAGGAAUUUUAGAGGAAAAAUAUUCCUCUUCCACCCUCCAACAUAUAUCCAAGCUAUUUCAUAUUAUACCAGUUCACUAAAAUUUGGCAAAUAUAAGAAAGGAUCAUAAUAUGCUGCUUACGAUGGCUAAGAAGUAGCGAUAGUUCAUAGAGUGGAAAGUGGCAUGGAAAUUAUGUAUUUUUCUAGAGUUCUGAUCCAGUGACACAACUGCCCCAAACAGGAGUACUUCAUCGUUUGAGAUCACUGUACGAGAGAGCGAUCCAUCAUUCUAGUGCAAGGCAUUGUGUGGCUAUAUGGCGUUCUUACAUGAAGUUUGAAGCAGAGAUUGGUGAUCUACGUCAGGCUAAAGCAAUCUUCUACCAAUCACUGCAGUCUUGCGCAUGGGCAAAGGUUAGUAAUGUUGCUUCCUUGACAGUCAACAAACAUACACGUGUUGGACUAAUUAAACACAAUAGUUUCUAAUCAAACUAGUCCAACAACAACAUUCUAACAUCAUCUUACAUUUUUGGAUGCAACAUUGAUGGUCCGUUUGAACGUCAUAUGUUUGGUAAUGUUGGAUCUCUUUCUAUCAAGAGAUCAAUAAACUCGGUAUCAUAGUUUAUCUUCAUUUGUGCACGGUCACGGUGAUUCGUCACCGUGUAGGGGUGGGUAUAAUCGUCCAGUUGGGGCAGCCGUGGUGAAACGUGUUUCCACGAUGAAUAAUAUUUAAUGAAGUCGAGACAAAGAUUUGUGCACAGUAAGGUACAGUUCAACAUCAAACAAAGGUCUUCUAUUUUGUGGCUUUGAAGUUUGCCGCGCUUCCGGACCAUCUUGACAGACUAAGGUUGGAUCACGUUCGACUUAUUACAUCCAAUAUUACAUCACAAUUACUUUUAUGCAGUGUUGUGAUAGGAUUAGGAUGAGAGUUUAAUAGAAGGGAUUAGGAUUAGCAUUAUAGGCUAAGGUCAAGUGUUGCUGGAAGGGUUGGGUAAAGUUAAGCUAUUUGGACAACAAUGAGUAUUCUGUAAUUUGAUGAACUUUUUUUUUUCUAGAUAAUAUAUUUGGAGGCGAUGAGGAUAUUUCCUGAAUUGUUUCAAGAUGUUUACGACAUGAUGGAAGACAAAGAAUUAAGAAUUAGAACACCUCUAGAAGAACUCGAUCUUCUCUUGGAAACCUAGAACAUUCGGACUUUACCAUACUCAGGCUCUCAUUAAUUCAUAGAAAUAAAGGCAAUAAAUCCUGAAAUUAAACGUUGAUGACAAUGGCAUGUAAAUGAAGGCAAUAAAUGUUGAAAUCAAACAACGAUGUCACUUGUGUUCUAUUACAUAUUUCAUAAAUCAUAAAUGACAAUAACACAAAACAGAUUUUUAAGUAUUGUUUAUUAAUAGAAAACAUUUGCAAUUCCACAAUAAGUGUAUAAAUUCUCUAAAUUAUUACACGUUAUAACACUUUCAUUAUUUACAAAUUUGUAAAUUAUUAUUUACAAUAGUGCUGUACAAACCAUUUACAGUCAACUUUGGCUAAAUAGAACUAUUAACUCGCUAAACGUCUCAAUUUGUUUCAACUCUCACUAUAAAUCAUAUGCAAAUCUAGUGCUCUCAACUAAAACUACUUGGUAAUUACAACAUUUUGAAGACUUUAACCAUCCCAUUGGCAUUAAAAUAUGCUAUCAUAGUUACUUACAGAGGUUUGAUCAGUCUAAAGCCCGGAUGAAACGAGGAGGUGAAAUGUCAGUAUUGAUUUUUUUCGUGGUACUCGGGGUAAUCCGAAGGCGUAAAGUUUUCUUGGUUAAUUUCACAAAACAAUCCAUAAAAGGAAAUUUUAAAAUUUACAACUCUCGGUGACUAAAAAUAGUGCAUUUAUGGUUUGUAAAAAUACGGUAACGAUGCUAAUAAAUUGCUAGUAAUGACGCGAAUUGCUGGCAUUAUUGGUACAAAUUGUCGUUGUAACAGGCUAUAAGAAUGUUGUUCAGAUGUUACUAAAGAUUCUUUGUGGAGUUACAUUUUUGUACAGAAUUCCUAACUGAUGACGUCAAGUAUUUGCGACUUUCCAUCUUCGGGAAAUUUUCGCUUUAAAUUCAGUUUCUACUCAGUGAUUUAGGCAAUUCACCCAGCACGGAUUGGGGAAAGUCUGUAUUUUUAUUGUCAAAACCGCAGGUCGACUUCUCACGAGUUUGCUCAAGUGAUUCUCAAGUGGCUACUUGAACAAACUCUUUAUCGAAGAUUCUACAAGUCGUACCACGCGUUUCCGUUCUAAAACGUCCGAAAGACUAUUACUUCAUACUUUUCCUGUUUAUAGCAUUGUUCUCACGUCCGCAGUGAACCCACGUUGGGUGGGGACAAUUGUUCACUUUUAUUCCUGGAUUUGUUUUUUUUUUCUAUCCCCUUUCGAGUUUUGAGGAAGAAGACAGGAUGUCCUCAUUAGAUAUUGGCUAAGUUGAAAUGUAUUUGAAUACAAAGCAAAAGUAACUCCGAAAACAUUCUUCGAAACUGUUUCAUCGACAUUUCGACUAGAGUGUAGUCAUCAUCAGGAAUGCUAAAAUUAUUUCAUAUAGAUUUACUGGUCGAAAAAAUGCAGGCAUGCUCUACACCAUAAACUUUUCGGUCUUUUCAGUCGUUAUUAAAAUUUUUGUGUUUGCGCAGUUUUUAAUUCUAUCCCUUUCGAGUUUGUAGGAAGGCGUCAGCUUGUCCCCAUUUGAAGUGCAUCAACACUUUUUAAUCCCAUACAAUACUAGCUUAAACUUUCAGAUAUUCUUUGUGUAUAGUUCCGUAAUUUUAUGCAUUGUUUUCAUCAGAGGGAGUUUUCUUGUUUGUUCUUUCCUGGGAUAUUUUUUAAUCCCAAGGCGUUUUUUGAGGAAAUGUUUAUGGAUAUCAUGUCCAACGUUACUGGGAGGAGAUGAAUGCCAUUUUGAUAUACCCAAUGAAAGUUAUGAGAAAUGUUAUUACUAUACGUUCCGAAUGGUACGAUUUUCAAACAAAUACAAAAAACUAUAGAAAGCUUAUGCAACAGUUUACUUUCAUCAUGUCGUCUUGUUUCCAAAGACAUCAAAAUCGUCCUAAUAUAACAUCGCGUCCCAACAAAAGCCGGCCCCCUGCACAGAUUAUGUGGGUCGACUACCUCACAUUGUCUGGGCAUGAGGAAAUGACAUUGUAUUAUUUGUUUCCAUUCCAAACAUAUUACGCCUACUCUUCAACUCAAUGAAAACAUUUGUGCGAUGUGUUCAGACAUGAAUGCAAUCCUACAUAGUAGAAUGUUACACGGAAUUUUGUAAGCCAAUGGGAUAGUUAAAGCAGUGCAGAUAUUUCGGAUGUCUAUCAUGUCUAUUAAGCGCGGAUGAAACGAGGAUGAGAGUGCAUGAGGCAGCCACGUGACCUUGGUUGGCUGUUCUUAAUACUUUCCCAACACUAUCAUGUAUUUACUGCAAGUUAAAACAUAGUUGGAACACUUAUCAAACCUUUAUUUUGUUAAUCUAGAGCUUGGAAUGUCCCCCGUAACAAUGCGUGACUACCAACCCUCAUCCUCGUUUGACCGCUUUACUAAUGUUCGUGAAAUUUUCCGUUUAUUUGAAUAGUAAUUUAUCUUACGAUAAUUUUUGGUUUUAAUAUUCUUUAUCACUCCAUAGGAGUGGGCAAUUCAUAAUGUUUGAUUAAAUAGUACACAUUUCAAAUAACUUCAAUCUUUCAUACGCUGCCAUCAUCACACUAGUUGAUUCAGAACUGGAUCAGUGGUGAAGCUAGCUAUAACAACAGGUCAUGCUUUUGUAUUACUCAAACCUUUAGAAAUGUCUUGUCUUCAACAUAUCUAGAUUCAAGUUUAUUAGCAUAGCAUGAUCAGUUGCCAUGGCUACCUUCUCCACUGGAAUGGACGCAUUUGAAAUCAAUUUUAAAUUUACUUCAACACAAUGAAACGGUGUUCGUGAUAAAGUAUCACUGCAUGUUUUCACAUGUAGUAAGGGAUGAAAUACGGAAUGACAGUUACUGCACCUUCAGGAAAAACAGUUUAGAAUUGAUGGUCAGAAUACAUAAAGUUGCAUUAUUGAAGUUGCUUUAGUUUGUUCUAAUCCCGCCUGAAUCCUCUAGUGUGAACGCAAUAUAUAUUUUCAGAUAUUUAAUAUCUUUUGUGCUGUUUCAACAAACCGUUCAGUACCAUCGCGUUUCUCUACCGAGAUCGUGGAACCCCUCGCUCCUCCCGAGUCCUCGCUACUUGUGGGAAUUCAUUUUCGUCUCCAUAGCUCCGUCCGGGUGAACAGAUAGAGAACUGGGAUCUACCAUACCAACCAUGUCACCAGGUGAACUGUGGUUGUCAUGGAUACCAUUUGAAUGAUGUUGUAACGAAUUACUGUACUCCUGGUGAACCUGAAUGAAAGGAUA